AUGGGGGGCUCAGGUGGCUCAGGUGGGCGCCGGACCCUCCCCAAGGGGGACCCUCUCACCUGGAGGGGGGCGGCACUGAGGACCCUCCUGGCCAUGACGUACCUGUGCGCACCUGUCCCAUCUGUCCCACCUGUCUCACCUGUCCCCCCUGUCUCCCCAGACUCAGUGACGUCAUCACUGGGCUCCCUGCAGCUGCGGGAGGGCCCCGAUCGCUGCUCGGGGCGGGUGGAGCUGCUGCACCUGCACAGGUGGGGCACGGUCUGCGACGACGGCUGGGACCUGCAGGAUGCUCAGGUGAUCUGCCACCAGCUGGGCUGCGGCCACGCCCUCGCCGCGCCCGGCCACGCCCACUUCGGCCGGGGCCACGACGUCAUCUGGUUGGACGAGGUGAACUGCACCGGGACAGAGAAUUCCAUCCUGGAAUGUCCCGCCAAGCCCUGGGGGGACAACAACUGCUUCCACGGGGAGGACGCCGGCGUCAUCUGCUCAGCCUCCAGGAUGGCGGUGCCCGCCCAGGUGCGCUUGGCCAACGGCUCCACCCGCUGCCAGGGGCAGGUGCAGGUGUCCUACGGGGGCACCUGGGUGGCCCUGUGCGACCACGGGUGGGGCCUGGCUGAGGCCCAGGUGGUCUGCAGGCAACUGGGCUGCGGCCACGCCCUCUCCGCACCUGGAGGCUCCUGGUUCGGGCGGGGGCAGAUGAAGGUGUGGCCGGGGAGCGUCACCUGCGUGGGGACAGAGCAGGAGCUCCUGGGCUGCCAGGUGAAGCCCUGGGAGAACCGCACGUGUCACCUGGGCGGGGCAGCGGGCGUGGUCUGCACAGGUAACCCCGAGGCCGACCAAGUGCGCCUGGUGAGCUCCGGCAGCCGCUGCGCCGGGAGGGUCGAGGUGCUCCACAACGGCAGGUGGGGCACGGUCUGCGACGACACCUGGGACCUGGCGGACGCCCAGGUGGUCUGUCGCCAGGUGGGCUGCGGGAAGGCCCUGUCGGCACCUGGGAGGGCCCAAUUUGGGCGGGGCACUGGCUUCAUCUGGUUGGACGAGACCAACUGCACGGGGGCAGAGCCUCACCUGUCCGCCUGCCCCGCCCGGCCCUGGGGUCGCAACGACUGCUACCACGGCGAGGACGCAGGUGUGGUGUGCUCAGACUCCCUGAUCCCGGAGCCGCCUCACCUGCGCUUGGCCAACGGCUCCCACCGCUGCGCUGGGCGGGUGGAGCUGCUUCACCUGGACAGGUGGGGCGGGGUCUGUGCCGGAGGCUGGUCCCACGAGGCCGCCCAGGUGGUCUGUCGGUACCUGGGUUGCGGCACCGCCCUGCGAGGGGCGGAGUUCGGCACACCUGGGCAGGUGUGGCUUGACCAGGUGAGCUGCCAAGGGACAGAGAAGAACCUCGGGGAGUGUCGGACGAGCCCAUGGGCCCAGCGCACCUGUGAGGGUGGGAGAGCCGCAGGUGUGGUGUGCUCAGGUGCGGAGCCGUCGGGCGGUGCCCAGGUGCGCCUGGCGGGCGGCCCAGGUGAGUGCGCGGGGCGGGUCGAGGUGCUCCACGCCGGCACCUGGGGGACAGUCUGCGACGACACCUGGGACUUCGCCGCCGCCGCCGUCGUGUGCCGCUCCCUGGGCUGCGGCCAGGUGAUCUCAGCCCCGCCCCGCGCACGCUUCGGGGAGGGGCGUGGUCCCAUCUGGCUGGACGGGCUCACCUGCCAGGGCUACGAGGGGCACCUGGAUGAGUGUCGCCACAAGAGCUGGGGCAUCCACGGCUGCGAGCACAACGAGGAUGCCAGCGUGGUGUGCGCAGGCUCUCACCUGGACGACCUGACCCACCUGCGCUUGGCCGAUGGUGCCGACAGGUGCUCGGGGAGGGUGCAGGUGCUCCAUGCCGGGCGCUGGGGCGGGAUCUGCGCCCACUCCUGGCACCUGGCGGCCGCCCAGGUGGUCUGUGCCCAGGUGGGCUGUGGGGGGGCAGCGGGCGUGGACCAGGUGAGGCCAGGCGAGGGCGAGCUCACCUGGCUGGAGGCCGUUACCUGCCGGGGGGACGAGGGGGCUCUCCUGGAGUGCCAGGUGAAGGGCUGGGGGGGGCCCCGCACCUGUGUGACCCAGGGGCGCUCUGGUUUUCCUGGAAGCUCAGGUGAGCCAGGUGAGCUCCGCCUGGCUGACGGCCCCCACCGCUGCUCGGGGCGCGUCGAGGUUCUCCACAACCACACCUGGGGCACUGUCUGCGGCCACACCUGGGACCUGGCGGCUGCCCAGGUGGUCUGCCGUCACCUGGGCUGUGGCCACGCCCUCAGCACACCUGGAGCCGCCCGUUUUGGGGCGGGGCCCGGUCCUGCCUGGCUGGACGGGUUCAGGUGCGUCGGCAACGAAACCACCAUCGCCCAGUGCCCGGGCAGCACCUGGGGGCGGCACACCUGCGACCACCUGGACCACGCCGGGGUCGUGUGCUCAGGUGCCCCCCCAGCAGGUAACUCCAGCUCGGGUGAGGUGAGGUUGGUGGACGGGCCUCACCUGUGCAUGGGGCGUGUCGAGGUGCUCCAUGACGGCCAAUGGGGGACAGUCUGUGACGACAGCUGGGACCUGAAGGAGGCCCAGGUGGUCUGUCGCCAGGUGGGCUGCGGGGAGGCCCGGGCUGCCCAUGGCCACGCCCAUUUCGGGCAGGGGGUGGGGCCCAUCUGGCUGGAUGACAUCACCUGCGCGGGGGACGAGACGCACCUGGCGCAGUGCCGCGCCCAGCCCUGGGGGAGCAACAACUGCCACCACGGCGAGGACGCGGGUGUGGUGUGCUCAGGUGCCAACGUGACAGAGGAGCAGUUCCAGGUGCGCCUGGUGGGCGGCCCCACCCCCUGUGCGGGGCGGGUGGAGGUGCUGCACGAGCACAGGUGGGGCACGGUCUGCGACGACACCUGGGACCUGCGGGAUGCGCGGGUCACCUGCCGCCAGCUGGGCUGUGGGGAUGCAGUGGCUGCCCCCGGCCACGCCCACUUCGGGGAAGGAGCGGGGCCUGUCCUGCUGGACCACAUGGGCUGCACAGGUGAAGAGAACACCUUGGAAGAGUGCGACAAGGGCCCCUGGGGGGUCCACAACUGCAACCACGAGGAGGACGCAAGCGUGGUGUGCACAGGUCCCACCCCCCUGCAGGUGCGGCUGCGGGACGGCCCCGGGCCCUGCGCGGGGCAGGUGCAGGUGCUGCACAACCACACCUGGCUGGGCGUGUGCGGCCGCACCUGGAGCCUGCUGGAGGCACAGGUGGUGUGCAAGGAGCUGGGCUGUGGCCCCGCCCUCAGCGCACCUGUUGGCACUCACCUGGCCCCGGGGGCGGCACUGGAGGGUCUCACCUGUCGGGGCUCCGAGACGCUGCUCCUGGAGUGCCUGAGGGAGGGGGCGAGGCCGGGCACCUGCCACACAGGUGGGGCCGCAGGUGUCGUGUGCGCCACGCCCAAAGGUGUGCCCCCUACCUGUGCACCCCUGGUGGCCCUGCUGGGGCUGCUGACGUCACUCAGUGGGGUCCUGCUCUGGCUCACCUUGAGGACCAGGUGUGUGGGAGAAGCCCCAGGUAAAGGUCACCUGGGGGGGAUUUACCUGCCCAGGAGGGUCCCCCCUGAGGAGGUGGAGACGCUGCAGCUCAUCAAGGACGACGACCCCUGACCUCACCUGUCACCUCUCACCUGCCCCCCCCAAACACACCUGGGGGGGCUCAGGUGUCCCCACACACCUGGGGCAGGUGGAGGGGGGCAAAAGAAGUGGGAAAAUGGGGUGGAAAUUAAUAAAAUUGGGGUUUUCAGCCAUCCAGGUGAGACAGGUGUGAAUUCUGGGGGGAGGGGGGAUUGACCCUCCAGGUGUGAAUUUUGGGGGAUCCCCAAACUCUCCAGGUGUGAAAUCAGGUGAGAACACCAAUGAUGUCAUU